UUUUGAUAGGAGUUUUUGCCACUUGAUGUUUCAGAAUCGUGGGAUUUUUUACAUUUUUAAGUGUGAAAAUGUUUUAACGGAUUUAAUUUUUAUAAGGCAAAUAUUUUUAUAAAAAAAAUACGGAACACUGAUAUCACAAUAAUUAUAGUGCACCUGGGCCGGGAACGAUGUCAAAGUCCCAAGGGAGCUCUGUAGUUUCGGAGAAACGUGUGUCGCAAUGGGAGGAUCUAAUGAGGAAGUUUUCGGAGGCGCACAGGGAAGAGUGCAAGUCAGUCUCAGUAGACAUACCACGUGUGCCUCGAUCCGUCAAGCAGUUUCCAACUGGCUCUCAGUAUGAAGGCACUUGGGACGUUCUAGGGAUGAGCGGCUAUGGAACGUACAUUUUUCCCAAUGACGUAAUAUAUGAAGGUGAAUUCUACGAUGGCAUGUUCCACGGCAAUGGAGAACUGCGGUACCCGUGCGGCGCCAUCUUGCGGGGCAAGUGGAAGCGCGGACUGCUGACUGAGCGGACGCUGAUGUUCGCUGACGGACUGGAGUACAGCGACGACGACUGGAAGUACUGCCGCAUGCCGGACAGAAGCGCUAUCUUGCGUGGCAAGGGGAAGCGCGGGUUGUUGACUGAACGGACUUUGAUGUUCGCUGACGAACUAGAGUACAGCGACGACGACUGGAAGUACUGCCGCAUGCCGGACAGGAGGUUAGUACACUUCUUUAUGAGGCACCUGUAG